AUGGUGAAAUUAGUCCUUGGGGAUUCCAGUGAAGCAAAGAUGCAACGAAUAUCUCUUUCUAAUAAUACUAUUCAGCGUAUAACAGAUAUGUCCGAAGACGUCAAAGAGCAGAUUCUGAAUGAAAUCAAGGCUUCACCAUUGUUUUCUUUCCAAGUUGAUGAAUCAACAGAUAUCAGCUCGUGUGCUCAGUUGCUUGUCUUCGUGAAAUAUAUUCAUUCAGAUGAUAUUAAAGAAGAGUUCCUAUUUUGUAGUGGACUUGAAAGUACAACAAAAAGUGAAGACAUUAUGGAGAAGAUUAAUGCGUUUUUUGAGACUGGAGGAUUAAAGUGGGAAAAUGUCUGUGGAGUUUGUACGGAUGGCGCACCAUCUAUGCUUGGGUCAAAAUCAGGCUUUCAGAAAAAAGUAAAAGAACUAGCUCCUCAAGCAAAGGGAAUCCACUGCAUGAUUCACCGGUAUGCCCGUGCCAGUAAGACUCUUCCAAUUCCUUUGCAAGCGGUUCUUGAUUCAGUUAUAAAAAUCGUAAAUUACAUAAAAUCUGGAGCUUUUAAUACGCGUCUGUUUAAAGAACUGUGCAAAGACAUGGAUUCUAAUCACGAGGUUCUGUUUUUCUACACUGCAGUACGCUGGUUAUCAAAAGGGAAUGUUGUGAAUCGUUUCUUUGAAUUGAAAGAUGAAAUUAAAUUGUUCCUAGAUGUACAAGAGAAACAUGAUCUUUUGGUAUACUUUAACGACAAAGCUUGGUUGGAAAGAGUAGCAUAUUUAGCAGAUAUAUUAGAACAGCAAAAUAAGCUUAACCUGAAACUGCAGGGAAAGGAAACAAAUAUUAUCGUAUUUCACGAAAAUCUCUGUGCAUUUUUAUCCAAGCUGCAAAACUGGCGAAGGAAAGUAAAUAUUGGAAAUAUUGCCAUGUUUGAGAAACUCUGCAGUGUGGUAGAUGAAUCUGGAGGUGAAAUAAAUAAAAAAUUGAAGGAGGAGAUUGUCGGGCAUCUCGAAUCGCUUGAGAAGGAACUGGAGCGUUACUUCCCUAAGCUGAAGGAAGAAGAAACUACAUUUACACGUAAUCCGUUUUCUGCAUCUCUUGAUAUAACAAACAUUCCUAAUGAAUUACAAGAUGAAUUCAUAGAUUUACGGAAUGAUUCCUCGGCACGUAACUUGUUUAAUGAAAAAUUGCUCACACAAUUCUGGUGUAGUAUGUAUCAUUCAUACCCGAAUGUGACAAUGCUUGCCUUUCGAAUUUUAAUUCCAUUUGUAUCGACAUAUCUCUGCGAGAGUGGAUUUUCCACUCUUCUUUGGUUAAAAACGAAAGAAAGAAAUCAACUAAAUGUUGAGAACGAUAUGAGAUUGGCGUUAACGAAUACUCAGCCACGAAUUUCGAGAUUGGUUGAUAAGUUGCAAUUUCAACCAUCACAUUAA